GCCAAAUUUAGAUUAAUUAACUUCUUAAGCAAAGAUUGUGAUUUUCAUUUUUUUGCAUUUUCGAGCUGUUGCAAUGCCGGGUUUAGUUUCAAUCAAAACUCCGCCGGAAACUCCGGCAUUGAGAAUAUCAGUUUCCGAUGAGAACCACGGCCGAAACGGGCCGGGUUCUAGUAGAUCCGAACAAGUUAACCCGAAAACAAACUCACCUGCGCCACGACGACCUCCAUCACCGUCAACUUCACGGGCGAAGCCAUCUCCGGAUCGGAGCUCCGGAAAGAAGAAAUCCCCGCCGGAGAAGGUUGAAAUCGACGAGUCAUCUCUUGACAAUCCGGAUCUAGGACCGUUCCUGUUAAAGCUAGCGCGUGACACCAUUGCCUCCGGCGAAGGACCGAACAAAGCACUGGACUAUGCUUUACGAGCUGCGAAGUCGUUUGAGAGGUGCGCGGUUGACGGUGAGCCGAGUUUGGAUCUAGCUAUGAGUCUGCACGUUGUGGCAGCUAUAUAUUGUAGUUUGGUGAGAUUUGAUGAGGCUAUUCCGGUGCUAGAAACGGCGAUUAAGGUGCCGGAGGUUUCAAGAGGUGCGGAUCAUGCUCUUGCGGCCUUCUCAGGGUAUAUGCAGCUUGGUGAUACGUAUUCUAUGCUAGGACAGUUGGAUCGGUCGAUCGAGUCUUACAAGGAAGGGUUGAAAACACAGAUGGAAGCAUUGGGAGACACAGAUCCUAGAGUCGCAGAGACUUGUAGGUACUUGGCUGAGGCCCACGUUCAGGCAAUGCAGUUUGAUGAGGCCGAGAGUUUGUGCAAGAAAACACUGGAAAUCCAUCGUGUGCACAGUCCUCCAGCUUCUCUUGAAGAGGCAGCUGAUCGUCGUUUGAUGGCUCUAAUAUGUGAGGCUAAAGGCGAUUAUGAGUUAGCCCUUGAGCACCUUGUACUUGCCAACAUGGCUAUGAUUGCCAAUGGACAGGAAACUGAGGUCGCAACUAUUGAUGUUGGAAUAGGGAACAUCUACUUGUCGUUGUCUCGUUUUGAUGAGGCCGUCUUCUCCUAUCAGAAAGCACUCACUGUUUUCAAAUCAUCUAAGGGUGACAACCAUCCUUCAGUUGCAUCUGUCUAUGUAAGGCUGGCUGACCUAUACUACAAGACAGGAAAACUGAGGGAAUCCAGAUCCUAUUGUGAGAAUGCCCUAAGAAUAUACGCAAAACCUGUACCUGGAACAACCCCUGAAGAUAUUGCCAGUGGAUUGAUGGAAAUUUCAGCAAUAUAUGAGUUAUUUAAUGAACCUGAGGAGGCCCUGAAACUGCUGCUCAAGGCAAUGAAACUCUUAGAGGAUAAACCAGGACAGCAAAGUACCAUUGCUGGCAUAGAAGCACGGAUGGGUGUUAUGUUUUAUAUGGUCGGGAGAUAUGAAGAGGCACGGAGUUCCUAUGAAAAUGCAGUAACAAAACUUAGAGCCAGUGGUGAGAGGAAAUCAGCUUUCUUCGGAGUUGUUUUAAAUCAGAUGGGGUUGUCUUCUGUACAAUUGUUUAAAAUAGAUGAGGCUGCUGAGUUAUUCGAAGAAGCUAGAGAAAUUCUGGAACAGGAGUGUGGCCAUUGUCAUCAAGAUACCCUUGGUGUUUAUAGCAAUCUUGCCGCCACUUAUGAUGCUAUUGGAAGAGUGGAUGAUGCUAUUGAGAUUCUGGAGUACGUUCUUAAACUGAGAGAAGAAAAACUUGGAACUGCAAAUCCUGAUUUCAACGAUGAGAAAAAGAGGCUGGCUGAAUUAUUGAAAGAAGCAGGCAGAUCUCGGAACAAAAACCCAAAAUCCUUAGAAAAUCUUAUUGAUCCAACCUCUAAAAGGACGACGAAGAAGGAGACUUCAUCAAAGAAGUGGUCUGCCUUUGGGUUCAGAAGUUGAUUCUAUCUAGCAAAAAUAUUUCUGUAACAUUGUAGAGGUAUGUAUAGGAGCUAAGCUAAUAUCAUUAUAAUCUGGUGAAGCCUAUUGGUUGUUGUCCUUUUGAAUUGUCAUUCAUCUUUGUUUAUCAGUUUGUAAUUUGAAGAUAUUUCUGU